AAGUACCCAGCAGCGUUGAGAAUAGUCAGUUGCUUGUCUAUCCGCAAUUGAAGCACACGCUGCCAUUAAAGUUGUAAUAUAGAAAAGGCGCUUUCACAUCGAUAAUGUUCAAUGCGUUGUUGUUGUUUUUAAUAUCGCUGACGUUGCUACUGGCCGUUCAGUUCGCCACUUCUUAUCACUUUGGCAACUGCUUAACGCGCCAAUUUGGAGAGGGAAAAUGCACCGAACGCAAGAGCUGCGACUUCUAUAAUAUAAAUCUGUUGGAUGGGGCAGGCGAAAACCAGUGCUAUUCACGCAUGAGACCCAACUUGAUAUGUUGUCCGACUACACCUUAUGCGAUAAGUCAGCUGUCAGCGCGCAUUGGCACGGUCGAUGAGCUGCCGAAGCAUCCACAUUGCGGCACUUCGUUCCACUCGAAGGUGUGGGGCGGCAAUCAAACGGAUCUGUUCGAAUUCCCGUGGACAACACUGCUCGAAUAUACGAAAACUUCCAAUGGUAACAAGUUGUACGACUGUGGUGCCGCCUUCAUAGCGCAACGUUGGCUCCUUACGGCCGCCCAUUGCGUUCACAAGCACUUCUUGAAAGGCGCUCGGGUACUCACUGGCGCCCGGUUGGGCGAAUGGAAUACGACCAGCAAUCCAGACUGCGUCACAUACAGGAACGGCAAGCAGGAAUGCGCGCCGCCAUACAUUCAGGCAACAAUCGAUCUUCAGGUUACUCAUGAAGAGUUCGAUUUGGGCAACCUAACUCACGAUAUUGCGCUGCUGCGUCUCUCUGAGCCUGUUAAUUGGCACAUUCAGAAAUAUCUGGAGCCAGUGUGCCUGCCGCCAGCAAGUGGCGAGAGCACCGAUCAGCUGGAGGGCAGUGCCGUUGACGUAUCCGGCUGGGGCAUAACAGAAAUGCUGAAACCAAGCGACGUGAAACGCAAGGCCACGUUAUAUGUGACGCCGCAGCAGUCGUGCGCUGAGCAGUAUAGCGCCCAAGGAUAUGUGCUGAACAAUGGCCAAUUUUGCGCCAGUGGCGGCCUCAAUGUCGACUCGUGCUUGGGUGACUCGGGCAGUCCGGUAACCAUUGAGGCUUCUACCCCACAGCGGGAUCGUUAUGUUUAUCUAGUCGGCAUUGUUUCGUUUGGCAGACUGUUAUGUGGCCAAUCGGAUUUUCCAGGGGUUUACACAAGAGUCAGCAACUACGUGGACUGGAUCGAGAAGACAAUCAGUAAACACGCAUCGAACUGACGUCACCAUCUGCAAUUGUUCACGUCAUGACUACCGCAGACUGGCGGCUGGCAAUUAAGUUGACAUGUUAGGGAGCUCCGCAAUCGGUGGCACAAUCGAAACUUGACUAAAUAUCUAUUAUUUUAUACGUAUAUAUUGUAAAACAAGUUAUGUCAUAAGGCUGGCCGAGGUGAUUUCCCACACAGCGAGAAAUUAAGAAUGUGUUAGCCCUUUUAUUUUUUUGCUUUUUUUAUUACAAUUAAUUUAAUACUAUUGUAAGUUAAGUUUUUGCUGAUGCUUUUAUUUAAUCAUAGAUCAGUUCUUGACUUGUAUUUUUUUUUUUUCCUUAGAAAUAAAGUUUUCAAGUGAGCAUAAUUUUAA